AUGACUAGCAUCGCAAAGCUGAGUAAUCCAUUAUGUGUCGCUUCAUCUUGCGGUGACAUUCAUAAUAUAAGCGAUCCAUUCCGACUGAAGAGUGAUCCAAAAGAAUGUGGUAACGUGAACUACGAACUGACUUGUGAAGGUAAUCGCACUGUUCUAUACAUGAAUCGUGGUAGAUACUAUGUGCUGUCUAUCAAUUAUUCCACUCACCAGAUCAGAGUGGUAGACGAUGGGAUUCAUAAAGGCAAUUGCUCAUCUCUCCCCCGUCACCAGCCGACAGGUAACUGGCCCCUCCACCUGCAGUACUCCUACGCACACUACACCCCCCCAACCAAGAGUGUGGUCAUUGUGAACUGCUCAAAGCUGGUUAGUUCUUCAUUCUACAUCGCUAUUAAUCCAUCAUGCACUGUGGGGUCAUAUUCUUCCAACACAUCAUCGAGUUGGAAGUUGUAUGCUUUGGCCAAUCCAAACGUAUCAGAUGUUAGGGACUUUUGCACCAUUGGUAGCUGGACCAAGGUAUCAAUUUUUUCUGCAAAUAAUGAGCAGAUAAAUAAUAGCCUUUACAACUACGAGCUAAUCCAUAACAUGAUGGCCGAUGGAUUUGUUAUAGACGUCCCGACGCCCAUCCCUCUUGAGUCGACCCUCACUUGCAUAAGUGUUUCCCGUAGCAUCCUCUUGCAGAGAUGCGGACACGUCGUGGGCCAAAUUUUCUUUUGCCUCUUUGAUUUCAGUAGCAUCUUGGACGGCCAGGUUUGCGGAGUCAAGUUCUAUUAUGACGCAAAGUUCGUAAUUGGGAUGCCAUUUGUUGGGAUAUCUCUAAUCUGCAUCUAUAGAAGAAGGCACUUAGCAAUGGACAAGAACAUCGAAGAAUUUUUGCAGUCUCACAACAACUUUUUGCCCAUAAGGUACUCUUAUUCGAAUAUUAAGAAGAUCACUACAAAUUUUAAGCACAAACUGGGAGAAGGGGGAUAUGGUUAUGUGUACAAAGGAACACUUCGAAGCGGUAAGGAAGUGGCCAUCAAGAUUUUGAAGCAGUCCAAGUUCCAGGGCCAAGAUUUUAUCAAUGAAGUGGCUACUAUUGGAAGAAUUUACCAUGUUAAUGUAGUGCAACUCAUUGGUUUCUGCUUUGAAGGCUCGAAACAAGCUCUCGUGUAUGAUCUUAUGUCAAAUGGAUCUUUGGAUAAGCAAAUUUUCACCGAGGAAGGUAAUAAGUUUCUCGAUUACAAGAAAAUAUACGAGAUUGCUCUUGGGGUGGCAAGAGGGAUUGAAUACUUACAUCGGGGGUGUGACAUGCAAAUACUACACUUUGAUAUCAAGCCUCACAAUAUUCUUUUAGACAAGAAUUUCACUCCGAAAGUUUCUGACUUUGGACUCGCGAAACUUUAUCCUGCUAACAAUAGCAUAGUCUCAUUAACUGCUGCAAGAGGGACCUUAGGAUAUAUGGCACCUGAGUUGUUCUAUAGAAACAUCGGUGGUGUAUCUUAUAAAGCGGACGUCUAUAGCUUCGGGAUGUUGCUCAUGGAAAUGGCAGGUCGAAGGAAGAAUAUAAAUGCAAAUGCGGAACAUUCAAGCCAAAUUUAUUUUCCAUUGUGGGUGUAUGACCAAGUCAAUGAAGAAAAAAGUGUUGAAAUAGAAAUUGUAGCAGAUGAAAGGAUGGUGAUAAGGAAGAUGAUAAUAGUUGCACUUUGGUGUAUACAAUUAAACCCUGACCAUCGGCCUUCAAUGAGCAAAGUUCUAGAAAUGCUUGAAGGAGAUAUUGAUGAACUCCAAAUGCCUCCAAAACCGCUUAUUUAUCCGCAUGAUGUGCCAGUUAACAAUGAUGAAGCUGAUGGAGCUGGAAACAUUCUCAAUUUCAUCAAGUACUCCAAUAAUUUAUAG